UCACAGUCUAACACCAUGUUUGUUCUCAUAUUCUUCACCGUUGUCUUGGCCUUUUUCUUAUACCGGCUCUUCGCCCCCGGCGGGAGCCGCCACGCUCUGCCUCUUCCGCCAGGGCCGAAACCCUGGCCUGUCGUGGGAAACUUGCCCCACUUAGGCCCCGUUCCCCAUCACUCUCUGGCGGCAUUGGCCCGUCAGUAUGGACCCCUUAUGCACCUCCGCUUGGGGUUCGUUGACGUGGUUGUUGCGGCCUCUGCUUCGGUGGCGUCACAGUUCUUGAAGACCCAUGACGCCAAUUUCUCCAGCAGACCACCCAACUCGGGCGCCAAGCAUCUCGCUUACAACUACCAGGAUUUGGUGUUCGCGCCGUACGGUCCACGAUGGCGGAUGUUACGGAAGAUCAGCUCCGUCCAUUUGUUCUCCGGCAAGGCUCUCGAUGAUCUUAAACAUGUUCGCCAGGAGGAAGUAGGUGUGCUGGCACAUGGAUUAGCAAGUGCAGGGUCAAAGCCAGUGAACUUAGGGCAGCUACUGAACGUGUGCACAGUCAACGCCCUAGGGCGGGUGAUGGUAGGGCGGAGGCUCUUCGGAGACGGCAGCGGGGGCGAAGACCAGAAGGCCGACGAGUUCAAAUCCAUGGUGGUGGAGAUGAUGGUGUUGGCUGGCGUUUUCAACAUUGGCGACUUCAUCCCGGCCCUCGAGUGGCUGGACUUGCAGGGGGUGGCGGGAAAGAUGAAGAAGCUGCACAAGAGAUUCGAUGCCUUCUUGACCGCCAUUGUUGAAGACCACAAGAGGAGCGGCGAAGGGAAGCACGUGGACAUGCUGACGACGUUGCUGUCUCUCAAGGAUGAUGCUGACGAUGAGGGCGCCAAGCUCACGGACACUGAGAUUAAGGCUUUGCUUUUGAACAUGUUCACAGCUGGCACUGACACGUCAUCAAGCACAGUGGAAUGGACCAUAGCAGAACUCCUUCGCCACCCCAAGAUUCUAGCCCAACUCCAACAAGAACUGGACCAAGUAGUGGGCCGGGACCGACUCGUAACCGAGUCGGACCUGCCCAACUUGACUUACCUCCAAGCAGUAAUCAAGGAAACCUUUCGGCUACACCCGUCAACCCCACUCUCCCUACCUCGCAUGGCGUCAGAGAGUUGCGAAAUCAAUGGGUUCCACAUCCCCAAGGGUGCCACUCUUUUGGUCAAUGUAUGGGCCAUAUCUCGCGACCCGGCCCAAUGGUCUGAACCACUCGAGUUUAGACCCGAACGAUUCUUGCCGGGUGGAGAGAAGCCCAAUGUGGACGUCAGGGGUAAUGAUUUCGAGGUGAUACCGUUUGGGGCGGGGCGGAGAAUAUGCGCCGGGAUGACCCUUGGGCUGCGGAUGGUAUCUCUAAUGACUGCGACCCUGGUCCACGGUUUUGAUUGGACCUUGGCUAAUGGGCUCACCCCUGAUAAAUUGAUCAUGGACGAGGCUUAUGGGCUCACACUACAAAGAGCCGCACCAUUAAUGGUGCACCCACGUAAUAGGCUAGCCCCUCAUGCAUACAAUGCGUCAUCACCUUGAAUUCUUGAGAGAGUUUUGAGUUGUAUGAUGCUUUAUGAAAAAUGUGUUGUCUUUGGUAAUUCUCGAUAUGUCGUUUAUGAGCAGAAGUGUUUUUUUAUAUUUUACGUCUGAUGAUCUGCUUUUCGUGUCCGUCUUUAAAAUAAUAAAAUCACGUACAUUAUUCA